CUGAAGAGGAAGUGACUUGAGAAGUUGAUGAAAGUAAACAUAAAGUACAGGAAUAAAUGUGAUCAGUGUGUGUGAGAUCAUCAGCGGUGAUUAACACACAGCACAGACACACACACACACACACACACACACACACACACACACACACACACACACACACACACACACACACACACACACACACACACACACACACACACACACACACAGACAGACCGGAAGUUGUGCCAUGAGGUGACAGGAGUCAUUUAAAGCAGGAGCACACACACACACACAGGAGCCUGGCUGUGGACCUCACACACAGGAACGGUGUCUCACACACGGAUUAAAGGUUGGUGGAGAUGUGGUGGUUUCAGGAGGGGUUGUGUAUUCUGCCUGUAUCACUGGUCAUUUGGACAGCAGCUACAUUUGUUUUUGCUUACAUCACAGCAGUGGAGCUGAGACACGUCGACCCGUUUGUCCCCUACAUCAGUGACACAGGUACAGUUGCUCCUGAGAGGUGUGUGUUCGGGAUCAUGCUCAGUGUCUCAGCCUUUCUCGGCAUUGCCACUAUGUAUGUGCGUUAUAAGCAAGUUGAGGCUCUCACUGAUCAGGGAGAAAAGCAACUACUGAAGCUCAAUAAUGUGGGCUUUGUGCUCGGCUGCAUCAGUUCCUUCGGCAUGUGUGUGGUGGCAAACUUCCAGAAGACAACGUUGUUCUCAAUGCACCUUGUGGGUGCAGUGCUGACGUUUGGCGUGGGUGCGCUCUACAUUCUGACACACACACUCGUUUCGUACCACAUGCAGCCGCACAUACACACCAAACAAGUCUUCUGGAUUCGACUGAUCAUCGGGCUCUGGACCUUCAGCAGCAUCAUCAGCAUGUUUGUAUCCUCAGUCAUUCUGUACAGCAGCCUGCCAGGAUUAGAGGUGCAUAAAAAACUCCACUGGAACCCUGGAGAACUUGGUUACACAGCUCACAUGGUGAGCACAGUCUCUGAAUGGUCUCUGGCUUUUUCCUUCAUCAGCUUCUUUCUCACCUACAUCAGAGACUUUCAGAAGAUCAGCCUGAGGGGGGAGGUGGACCUUCAGAGCAGCAAUUUGCAUGACUCCACCCAUUUUGGUUCAACAUGGAUCCCUGGAGAGACAUCCCCCUUACUGGCUGGAUCCAUCUAAACACAAAGCCCCUCCCAGACCACCGCACCAGAAGCAGUUUAAAUAUCUGACCAAUGGGAUCAGAGAUUUUUUUAUCUUAUGUCCUCAUGGAUCUUCUGUCAGGCAGCUGCUCUUAAAACUUCUACAAUAAGCUCAAUAGUUUUGAGCUGAAUCAGAUGUUUCACAGGAGCAGGUAUAUUUUCCGAAGGAAAAACCAGCAAAGGUUUCAGUGUUUAUACAGAAUACACUUUAGAUUUUAUUUUAAAGACACAGAUAUAAAUUUGGGGAAUGUGUGCAGAUUAAAAUGUUCCUCCACACAAAAGAUGCUUCUAUCAGCUUUAACCAUCUGUGUUUUUGUUUAGCAUUUAACUCUGUAACCAUAGAAACUGCCGCUACAGUACGGUGUUAUUUUUUAUCACUUUAUUGUUUAGCUUAAACUUAUCAUUAGCAUAGUUAGCAUAGUGAAGUGCUUUGAUGUAAUCAUGAACAAGACAAAAACAGUUAAUCUGGAAAAAAUCUUUUUAUUAGUAAAACGAGAUUUUAUAGUAAUUAGUUUAACAUUUCACUUAUUAGUCACAUUAGCAUUUCUCUGCUGUUUAUUUUCAGUUAAAAAAAAGUCAGAGGUACAAGCUGCAAAGUGAAAACAUGAAAAGCACAAGGUUCAGUCUUCAGGUCUUUUCAGAACUUUUCAGUGUUGAUUUGAUGUUGUGUUGUUUAUGGUGACUAGCAGCUUGACUGUGGACUCUUACUGCUGCUAAUCACACUCAGUCUCUGUGGAUCACAUCACUGUCACUGCCUUUAUUUUACACCACCUUUUAUUUUCAGUCAAGUUCAGCAACAAGCAGCUAUGAAACACACAGUCAAUAUUGUAUGUUUUUAAAACAUAAAGACAAAUAAACUCUUUUUAUACUGUUUAAA